ACUUCUCCUCCAAUGUGUUACAGGGCCUGCCCACUGGAAGGAGGUUUUUCCUGUCGCUAAUGGAGACCGACAGUCACCCAUUGACAUCAAAACUGAGGAAACCAAGUAUGAUCCCUCUCUCCGUCCUCUAAAUCCCAAUUACGAUCCAGCGUCUGCUAAAAUCAUCCUUAACAACGGACACUCCACCAGUGUUGAGUUUGAUGACACUGUCAACAAAUCAGUGCUGACUGGGGGGCCGCUCUGUGGGACCUACAGGCUGCGCCAGAUUCACUUCCACUGGGGCUCCAACGAUGAGGCCGGCUCAGAGCACGCGGUGGAUGGGAUGAAGUACGCAGCAGAGCUUCAUGUGGUCCAUUGGAACUCAGAGAAGUAUUCCAGUUUUGUCGAGGCAGCUCGUCAAUCAGAUGGAUUAGCAGUCAUGGCUGUCUUUCUGAAGAUUGGGGAAUGCAACCCCCAGCUGAAGAAGAUUACUGACCGCUUGGAUACCAUCAGAGUCAAGGGUAAAAGAGCACUAUUCACAAACUUUGAUCCUAGCUGUCUGCUUCCCAAAUCCCUGGACUACUGGACUUACUUUGGCUCUCUUACCGUUCCACCCCUUCUUGAGAGUGUCAUCUGGAUUGUUCUGAGAGAGCCCAUAAGUGUUUGUUCUGAACAGCUAGCCAAGUUCCGCAGCCUCCUGAGCACCGCCGAGGACGAGGCCGCCUGCUGCUUGCUGAGGAACUACCGACCCCCACAGCCCUUGAGGGGACGAGAAGUCAGGAGGAACUGA